AUGGUGGAUAAGGCUGAGUUGAGGCCUUGGCAAGGCACUUGCCGGCGUCUAAUUGAUGACUUGCUGAGGGUAAACAAACUUGACGAGGCACUGGCCCUUCUGAAGACAAUGAAAACCUGCAAGUUCCCACCUUUCGCGGACCCAUUCCCUCCUUACAUUGCCAAGCAUGGGACGGUUGAAGAUGCAAGGAACUUUUUCAAGGCCUUGACAGUGAAUACUUCUCCAGCACCUGCUGCCUACCUGCAUGUUCUCAAGUUGUUCUUUGCGGAGGGAAGAUAUUCUGAAGCUCAAGAUUUACUGUACAAAUGCCCUAACCACAUCCGCAAGCACCCCCAUGUCACCAAACUGUUUGAAUCAAUAAAAGUUGAGAGUGCCUCUGCCUCUUGA